AAAGUCAGAAACCAUUUUGAAAUCUGACAAUAAGCUACUUUUUUUUUUCCAAAAAAAUGGCAGCGCGCUAUUAUACUGCAUAUCUGUGCAAUCGAAGUCUGAAUGAUAUUUUCUUAAGUUUAAUUUGAAAUAAGGAGACACAGAGAGGAGCUUGAGCUCUCAGAUAAAUAGGAUCCGGUCAGCUGGAACAGGAAGCGAGGAAAUACUGAUGGCGCCCGACUAGAAAGCGGUAGCGAGGAUCGCGUCCAUCGGCUUAUUUAUUUAAGAGCAUCGGCGACUACGAACACAAAAAAGAAGCGCAUUCAUGAGCAGAGAUGGAUUCAGAGGACAUGGAAGUGGAGAGCAGCAGCGAUGUGGGGCAUUCAGGGAUGGAGGAGCCAUCCGAGAGUGGCAUGGCAAUGGAGUCCUCCGAAGCGAUGUCUGCAGACAGUAGUGACACAGCCACACUGCCAGCCCUCGCACCUGAGUCUGACUGCCAUGUUGGACAGAGUUCUGAGGGCCUUGUGGUGUUUAUCCCAGAGACAAGCUCCAGUACAGACGUACGUGGUGUUCAUCUCCCAGACUCCUCCUCUGUCGCACAGUCCACCAGUGUCUCCAGCGUGUCCACAGUCACCCAGUCAGUGUUGGUGUCCGAGUCACCACAGGUCCUCGUGCACUCCAGUGCUGUAUCUGAAGGAGGGAUGAUGGUGUCUGACUCAACAGCUUCCACCUCUUCCGACCUAGGCUCUGCUAUUGACAAAAUAAUCGAGUCCACCAUUGGGCCUGAUAUAAUGAAUGGUUGUAUUGCAGUAACAAGUGCAGACGACGACAGUGCAGAGACCACUCAGUAUCUGAUUCUGCAAGGACCUGAUGAUGGAGCUCCCAUGGUAGCACAGAUGUCUUCCUCUGCACUAUGUAGCCGCCUUACUAUUGACACCUUAUCAGAUGGGCCAACUUCCACCUGCUUAGAUCAGGCCGACUUAUCAGAGAGUCUGCAGCCAGACCAGCCAGGCCACUCAGACUACAUUGAACAUGAGGAUGGCAGCAGCAGCAGCAGCAGCAUUAGUCAGCCUGAUCCAGAUCAGACGGGUGAUCCAGGUCAGUCCCAGUUUGAAGACUAUGGUGUGGACGAGUCUGAGGAAGCGCUUAGAGGCUAUGUUGCCGAGUGCAGCAAUGCAGUUGAAUGUAGCGACAGCAGCAGUGUGGAUGAUGGCACUGUGCGGCACUCCUUGGCUGACACAGCAGGCUCUCAUCUACAAGAGCAGAUGGAAUGCAGUGAUAGCCAAGCCGGGCCAUACAUCAGCAGCAGUGGUACUUACGCAACCCUUCCAGAGCCUGAGGCAGCACCCAGGGAGGACGAUGGUGUUGUGGCGGAGUCUGGAGUGGCGGCAGGGCCAGGGGACAGGGCUCCUGACCUGGCUGAGCUUGAAGAAAUGAUGGAGGUGGUCAUUGUGCAACAGUUUAAGUGCAAGAUGUGUCCAUAUAAGAGUGUUUCUAAAGACACUCUCAUCAAUCAUAUGAGAGACCGGCACUUUAAACCUAAAGGAAAUCCUCCUAAAAAACGAGGACGUGGAAGACCAAGAAAAUCUGAGACGCUGGCACAACAAGGGGGACAGAUGAAGAAAGAGCUGCCAGAGGAAGAUGAAGAUGACAUCGUAGAUGCUGGUGCCAUUGAUGAUCCUGAAGAGGACAGUGACUAUAACCCAGCGAAUGAUCAGCUGAGAAGCAGGCCGACCACACACAGACCGUCAUCUGCCUCUUGCUCUUCAUCUUUCUCCUUUAACUCAAAGCGACCUCGCAGGAUGGUGGGCCCGCCACGUAAAUUUCUCUUCCCCCAAAGUUACACAGCAACAGCAGCAUCAGGACCUCAGACAAGCACUUCAAUGGACUCCCAAGCUCCUGAAGAGGCCAGUUCCUCUGGGCUGGAGAAUGGAGCUUCCUCUGUAUCUAAUGGUUGUGCUGUAGAGCAAGGUGUCAGCCAAUCAGAUUCAGAGAACAAAGAUCCCUCAUCAAAUAAUUGCCCUGAUGAUGAUGAGUUUUUCCCACGGAAGCGGGGACGACCAUCAAGGCGUUUUCUUCGCAAGAAAUAUAAAAAAUAUAUUAACAGAAACAAGUACUACAAAUCCCUCAAGCCUCUGCUGAGACCUCACAACUGCUGGAUCUGUGGGUCACGCUUUCUGUCUCAAGAGGAUCUCCGAUUUCAUGUGGAUUCACACGAGGGAAACGAUCCAGAACGCUUUAAGUGCCAGCAGUGCAGUUACCGGUGUAAACGUUGGUCUUCACUUAAGGAGCAUAUGUUCAACCACCAAGGUACCAAACCUUUUAAGUGUGACGUCUGUGAUUAUUCAAGUGUCUACAAGAAGGACGUUGUCCGACAUUCUGCAGUUCACAACAAAGAGAAGAGUAAGAAGACAGGCCUGUCUUUUGAUGGUUCUCCCCAGACCCCAAAGGUGUCUGAGUUCCCCUGUCCAGUCUGCCAUCGUGUUUACCCAAUGCAGAAACGUCUCACACAGCACAUGAAGACACACAGCUCAGAGAAACCGCACAUGUGUGACAAGUGUGGAAAAUCUUUCAAGAAACGAUAUACUUUCAAAAUGCAUCUUCUCACACAUAUCCAAAACUGUGGAAACAGCUUGUUUAAAUGCGAGUUUUGUGAAGUCACUUGUAACGAUAAGAAGCAACUUUUAAACCACCAGCUGUCUCACACCAAUGACAAACCUUUCAAAUGUGACUACUGCAAGUACUCCACUAGCAAAGAGGACUUCCUGGUGUCUCACAUUGCUAUCAAACACACUGGAGAGAAGCCAUUCUGCUGUGACAUGUGCCACUUCAUGACCAAGCACAAGAAGAACCUGCGGUUACACAUGCAGUGCCGUCACCCUGAGGCCUUUGAAAAGUGGUGUGAGUCCAAUCCCGAAGAGCCAGAGAGGAGACGCAGGAAGCCCUUCUUCACACUGCAGCAGAUAGAGGCUCUCAAACAACAGCACGAGAGCCAGACACUAGGGAGCACCAUUGUAACCGUAAAUCCUUUAACCCUUCAAACCAUGGAGGCAAUGGGGAAUGCAUCAGUAUCACAGGAUGAACUGGGAAACACCACUAUCAUUUACGAACAAGGUCAGUCGUCAGAUCUGUCUGCACAGAACGCACUGGACCUGCUCCUAAACAUGAGCAAUGCACGAGAGUUAGUUGGAAACUCUCUCCAGGUCGCGGUGCUGAAAUCAGAUGGCAAGACACUCGAGGCCGGCUCUUGGGUGGAAGCGGAGUCAGCAGGUCAAGACUCAUCCCUGCAGCCACAGAAUGUGGUGACCUAUCACGUGUCAGAGAAUGGGGAGACCCUCGUGCAGGAGGCGCUGACUCAGGAGGAAGCGCUGACUCAGGAGGAGGCAGCAGAAGGUGAACAGGAGUUUGCACAGAUUGCCAUCAGCGCCUACGAAACUGCCAGAGAAUUUAGUGUUGUGGAACAGGCUUCUGAGGAGAUUCACACUACUGCUUAUAGUGCAGAGGAGAGCUCAGCUGAUGAUCAAACCAUGGAGGUAAACAACGAGUCGGUGUCUCUCUCAACACCAUUGAAAGAACACAAAGAGAAGUUCUACCUGAGCUCCAGUUUGACUGAUGGUGUGCUUCAGCAAGUGGAGCUGAGCAGUGAAGCCCCAGGCUCUCCAUCCCAGAGUUCAUCUUCCCAGCCCCAGCAGCUCAACACCAAACGCUUCUGCUGUCGGGUCUGCAUGGAGACUUUUCACGGCCGCUCCGACAUGGAAAACCACAAGAGGGCGCACCUGGACCCCAACACUUUCAAAUGUCCAGACUGUGAAUUCACCUCUACAUCAUGGCCAGAGGUUAAGACUCAUAUGUCAAUGCACGCCUACCUUCGUCCUCACAAAUGCACCAAUUGCAGCUUUGCCUCUAAAAACAAGAAGGACCUGCGACGCCAUAUGAUGACACACACCAAUGAGAAGCCUUUCUCGUGUGAAGUCUGUGGACAGAGGUUUAACCGGAAUGGCCAUCUGAAGUUCCACAUGGAGAGGCUGCACACGCAAGACCCUCCGCCUCGCAAGCCUAGAUCUAGCAGCUCCCAACAGACUAUUAUAGUGAACAGUGAUGAGGAGGCCUUGGCUACACUACAGACAUUGCAGGCAGGUCAGACUGUGAUUAGUCCAGAGCAGUUGCAGCAGGCCUUAGGACAGGAGCAUAUAAUAGUGGCCCAGGAACAACCUCUCUCUGACCAGGAGGAUGCUACAUACAUUCAGCAGAUAACUACAGUUGAUGGCCAGACAGUGCAACACUUAAUGACAGCAGAUAAUCAGGUGACAGAGGUUCAAUACAUAAUCUCACAAGACAGUGUUCAGCACUUGAUCCCACAGGAAUAUGUCGUCGUAUCCAAUGGCAACCACAUUCAGAUGGAGGAUGGCCAGAUUGCUCAUAUCCAGUAUGAACAUGAUGGGACACUCCUACAGGAACAGCAGAUUGCUGUGACACACAAUGGACAAAUCCAGUACUUCCCUAUCAGCACUGAGCAACAAAUAGUGAGCCCUGAGGAUCUGGAAGCUGCCGCCCACUCCGCUGUCACCGCUGUAGCGGAUGCAGCCAUGGCCCAAGCUCAGACUGUGUACACAGAGGCCACACCUGAACAGCUGGAGCAGAUGCAGCAGCAGGGCAUCCAAUAUGAUGUCAUCACCUUUGCAGGGGAAUAAAGACUUUUGCAGUGCCUUGGAGCACAACGUAACAACUUAGUUACUUUACAUAAAGGAAAGGCAGUGUGCAAACCAAUAUUUUGUGGUUUUUGUAUAUUAUGUAAAAUACAAUUAUAGAAAGAUACAGAAUUACGAAAAUACAAUAGUGGAAACUAAAAGCAAAUCAUGGCAUAAUUAUUUAAAAUGAUUUAUCUUGCUGUGCGGUCACUAUUCUGCUUUGUAAAAAAAAAACAAAAAAACAUAUGAAGUUAGGUAUUUAUGAUUUGCUUGGUAUGUGGAAUAAGAGGAUAAUGACUACUGGUGGUACUGCAUAUGUACUUUGGAAGUCUGGUCUAGGUCUAUGUUUCUCUUAAACAAUGUUCUGAAAUAGUAGCCUUUAUUUCCUGUUUCAAUUAUGUUUUUUAUGUAUAUUGUUUCCAUUUAGGGUUUUUGCUUUGACAUUAAUAAAGCCAAUACCACAUAAAUCAAAUCUA